GAAGCUCCAAAAUGGCGGCCACGGCAACCUGCGGCAAGGACACCCGGAAUGUUGGGUGUGCGGCGGCGGCAGCUAGAAAGAAUAAUGUCACCAGUUUCCAGAGAAAGGGUCCUAAAGCUGGCGGUACUGACAGUGGCGGCUCUCGUCUGGUGUCCAUCGCGGGCACACGACCGUCGGUGCGGAACGGGCAGCUGCUGGUAUCCACCGGCCUCCCAGCCCUGGACCAGCUCUUAGGUGGAGGUUUAGCGGUUGGAACAGUUCUUCUAAUUGAAGAGGAUAAAUAUAAUAUUUAUUCACCUUUACUCUUCAAGUAUUUCCUGGCAGAGGGGAUCAUCAGUGGGCACACUUUGUUGGUCGCAUCUGCUAAAGAAGACCCUGCUGAUAUUUUGCAGGAACUUCCUGCACCAUUACUUGAAGAAAAUUGUAAAAAAGAAUUUGAUGAAGACAUCUGUAAUCAUAAAACACCAGAAUCUAAUAUUAAGAUGAAAAUAGCUUGGCGUUACCAGCUAUUACCCAAGAUGGAGACUGGACCAGUAUCACCUUCAAGAUUUGGUCACUAUUAUGAUCUAUCAAAAAGGUUACCCCAACAACUAAUUGAGGCCUCAAAAUAUCAUGGAUUUUUUCUUCCAGAAAAAAUAUCUACAUCUUUUAAAGAAGAACCCCAUUCUAUGACCCAUGGUUACAUAAAACUGCUUCACUUCAUCCAGAACAUCAUUUAUGAGGAUGGAUUUGAUGGAUCCAAUCCCCAGAAAAAACAAAAAAACAUUUUAAGAAUAGGAAUUCAGAAUCUUGGCUCACCUUUGUGGGGAGAUGACAUUUGUUGUACAGAAAAGUAUGACAACAGUCACAGUCUUACCAAGUUCCUCUAUAUUCUCCGUGGUCUUCUGCGAACCUCUCUUUCAGUCUGUAUUAUCACAAUACCAUCACAUCUUAUCCAGAAUAAAGCAAUUAUUGCUCGUGUUACAAACUUGUCAGAUACAGUAGUUGGGCUGGAAUCAUUUAUCGGUUCUGAGAAAGAAACCAACCCAUUAUAUGAGGAUUAUCAUGGUUUGAUUCAUAUACGGCAAAUUCCGCGGCUUAAUAACUUGAUUUGUGAUGUAUCAGAUGUGAACGACUUGGCUUUUAAAUUAAAAAGGAAGCUAUUCACCAUUGAGCGACUGCAUUUGCCUCCAGACUUGUCAGACACAGUGAGCCGCUCAAGCAAACAGGAUCUGGCAGAAUCCGCCAAAUUGCUGGGCCCAGGCUGUGGCAUGAUGGCCGGAGGCAAGAAGCACCUGGACUUCUAGCAAUUCCUCCUUAAUCGUUGCAUGCAGAAUUAUAUGACACUCUAAUUAUGAUUGCUAAUAGCUUAUGUAAAUAUUUUUCUUAAUGAUUUGACCCUCCAAUCCUUGAAAAACACAGUCAGAUUGCAAAAUGGGGCCACCGUUGUUCAUUUUUCUAACCAAUUUUUUUUACAGAAAUAGUACAGCAAAAAUACUUUCACUUUAAAAUUUUGUUUUAUGCUGUAUUUGAAGAAGAUAUAUAAUUUUAUUUUGAAAUAAAUGCAAAUAAAAUAUAGAAAGUUCAAGAUGCUUUACAGUGGUCAUUAGAGUACCCAUUCUGAGGCACUUGGUAUCACAGUAAAGUUCAUCUUAUGGCAGGUAGCAUAUAAAACAUUAUGAAAUUCAAAAUUUUAUAUUAAAAAUAUUUUUUUCUCUUUAUUUCCAAAAAAGUCACUUGCCACCAAAUAUACUAAUUAAAACUGAAGAAUUUGUUUACUAAUACAUGAAGACUAAAAUGAAUUUGCAUUUAUGCAUCCUGUUAUUAAAUUGAUUAAGGCAAAAUAAUAUUUUGGGAUUAAGACUCCAUUAAAGAUAAUUAGUCUGCCUUAAAG